GUGUGACUUUUACUUGCUAAUUAGUCAGUUAGUUAAGCCACUGACAACAGCAAUAUUCUAGAAGUGUUGUGGAUAAUCUAUGAGUCAGUGACCAAGGUGUGCCAAGAGGAGCUGAUGAUGAAUAAGCCUGCUUUAACAACUGUCAUUAAAGCCAGAUUAAAGAAAUCCACUAAAUGAGGGACAUAAGUGUCUUUAACCUCUGUUUAACCUUAUUAAUUGCUAGAAAUUCUAAGCAGUACAUAAAUUUAAUAGUUUAUCUUCUUUGCUCCUCUGUCUCAGUUGUCACUGCAUUGUUUUUAUGCAGAAGUCUGUUAUGUUUGAACCCACCAGUAAUGUAAUGUAACUGUAAUUUCCCAGUUAUGGGACUUAUCUCUUAUCUUAUCAGGAUGUAACGCCAAAAAUGUAAAUUCACAUCAUCAUCUUCCAUGGUACUUCAAAUUAAUAAAAAAUAAAAUGCCAUGCACGGCAAGUUUUGAUUACAGAAAAUAACGCUUCAGAAGCUACAAUCACUCACUGAAAAAGCUGUUAUAUUAAAGAGACAAACAAUGACAAGAGAGACAACCUUUAUUUUCUAAGCCACUCCCACUAACAACACUCCUUCAGGGAGGGGCUUGGCCAAAAGUGUGCAAAGACUUAUAAGAGAGUUGACGUCCAGGUGGAGCAUCAUUCAGGUGAGCACUCUCGUGCUCAUGUCUCCACCCUCUAGUGCCUGAGGAUACUGCCCCACUGAACCAGACACAGGAGUACGGCUCGGACUUAUCAAGACUGUCCUUUGAGUAUGUUGGCAGGAAUGGAGACGAUGGCUUAUGUGGCCGAGAUCAGGCUGAGCGGAGAUCGAGGGACCUGGAGCGGAGUGGCUCACUCCUCCUGCCCCGAGGUGGACCUGGAGGUCAUUGAGGAGUAUCUGCAGGAGCACUCCCUGGAGGUCCAGCCUGCAUACACACCUUCGACUCCUCCAACAGCCAUGGGGCAACACACUCAACACACACACUCCCACCAGGAUACCAGGAUCACAACAAAUAGCUGGUCAGGUCAGCAUCCAUAUGAGUGGCACUGUGGCUCUCACACUCCAAAUGAGGAAUAUGAAGAUCGAGCCCUGCCUCCUGCCUGGCCUUGUCCCCAAUGGGACCACAAUGGGUAUUCCUACAUUGACUCAGACUCCCAGUCCAGUAGCUCCCAGUACCAGGAAUCCCAAGAUUCUCCAUCUCCAUUGUCUGACAGUGGGGACAGGAAGGACAGAGACCUGCCUCUCACCCCACUUUCAGGAAAGAGGAAGGAGCGGUUAUUCCAGUUCCUAUUUGAGAUGCUCCAGACACCAUCGAUGCGAAGCUGCAUCUGGUGGGUCCAGUCCUCCACUGGUACGUUCCAGUUCUCCUCCCAAAACAAGGAGCGCCUGGCGCAGCUGUGGGGCCGACGAAAGGGCAAUCGUAAGACCAUGACGUACCAGAAGAUGGCACGAGCUCUGAGGAACUACUCCCGGACCGGUGAGAUUCAGAAGGUUAAGAGGAAGCUCACCUACCGGUUCGAUGAGAAAACGCUGAGAGGCUUACAAGGGGACUGCAACUUAGUGUAGGAAGCAUGAUGAAGAGUAUAUAUAAGCAUGGAAAUAGCAUAAGCACAGCAAGUCACUGUGGUUGUCACAUUCAUGUUCCUUUCUUCUAAUUCUAUUUCUAUGUUAUGUAGAAACAACUGAAUACUGAGUAUUUAAAAAGCCAGAAGAUGAAACACUGUUUGUCAGAGCUUUCAGUGGACACAAAACCAUAUUGGAGAUGUUAUAAGGAGCAAUCAAGAAACGUUGAUUGUGAUGUGGCGAAGCAAGCCUAGUGGACAGGCAAUGUGUGAAAAGUCAGCUGGUUUUAAAAAUUAUGUAAAUCUAAAAGGUUAUCACAUAAUAUCUACUUUAUAAGUAGAACUUAACUCAUUCUUGAAAUAAAAGUUUUGGUGUUCUAUUGAUUCUGUAUUGCAGAUAUUCAGCAGAUACAAGAUCAUUUUGUAGACUUCAGUAGACAAUUAGGUUGUGUAAACAUAAUCUGUUUGUGUUAAAAUACCUUUUUUCAAAGUUGAAUGAAUAAAUCAUGAAAUA